UUGCGACGUGAACAAGCCUGCCAGCUAGCAACGCAUUCUCAUGUGUGCACUGGUGAUGAAACAACAAAAUAAACGUAUUAAGCUAGCCAUAAAGUAUAUACACUGAAACAAGUAUGGAUCCGCCGAAAGACGUGCAACCGCCAAAACAGCAACCCAUGAUAUACAUAUGUGGAGAAUGCCAUACAGAGAAUGAAAUAAAGGCUCGUGAUCCUAUCCGAUGCAGAGAGUGUGGAUACAGAAUCAUGUACAAGAAGAGAACAAAGAGAUUGGUUGUGUUUGACGCACGGUGACUGGGAUGUGUAACUCAAUUUCUUAUGUAGUAUUUGUGUAUCACAGUGUGAAUAAAUUAGGAAUGCAACUCAUUUGUCUGUUUAACAAAGAAGAUUGCAAAUAAAGUAAUUUUUCUUUUUUCUUA